AUGUCUUAUCAGACAACAACUACCGAAAUCCAAGCCGGAACAAUCCCUCUGCGACAUCCUGAUACCAUGACCGAUCAACCACCACCUCCUCCGGUACCUUCGACAGACCCCCGAUUGAUCGCCGACGAUAACCCCUCCGCAUCGAAACCCGUUGCCGAUCAUGGCCUCUUCGAGAUGGCACCCUCCGAAGCUCUCGCUCUGUUGAGCGCUGGCGUUGAACUUCUUGUUAGAAUAACAGGCGAUGUUCCUCCGACACCACCUCCAAAGUCUCCUACUGUACCGCAUAUGAGUGGUAUGCAGGCCGAGAAAGAGAAUAUUGUACGAUCAUACUCGGAUAGGAGUUUGGCAAGAUUGAGGAAGCAGGCUGAACUUGAAGCCAAGAAAUUGGCUGCCAAAGAGUCGAAGCCUGAACCUCAAGAGCCGGAAGAUAUUGAUGGUGUACGAUUGAAGUCUCAUCCAGGAUUGAUGUCGCCACCUCCUCAAUCAGAGCCAUAUGUUGUUGUUGGAGCCGAUUCUCAGCCGGUAAACCUUCAACACAGCGCCAUUACACGCAAAUUCUACAGCAAAAACGAACCCCCGAUUACUAUCAACCAAUACCUCCAACGCUUACACCAAUUCUGCCCAAUGAGCACUGCAGUAUACCUCGCGACAUCACUGUAUAUACACCGAUUGGCCGUUGAGGAGCGUGCUAUUCCCGUCACCCGACGCAACGCCCAUCGUUUAGUCCUGGCAGGUCUCCGAGUAGCGAUGAAAGCUCUUGAAGAUUUAUCUUAUCCUCAUGCCAAGAUGGCUAAAGUUGGUGGCGUCAGUGAAGCGGAACUAGCUAGACUCGAGAUAAGCUUCUGCUUCCUCGUUGGUUUUGAACUAGUGGUUGGUGAAAGCCGAUUACAGAAACACUAUGAACGACUCAAAGACAAGACAGCCCGUUAUGGCUUUGAUAACACGGAUGUUCCUAUAUUAACGCUCAAGCCGCGGCCACGCGGUCAAGUUCAGCCAGCAGCAUAA